CAAUAACGUACUAUUAUAGUUCUAAUGUCGAACUCUAGCCAGAUCAGAGUGUUUGGAUAACUAUAGAAAUUGCGUUUUAAACUUUUGGCCAUGGAAGUGAGCCAACGCACACUCUAUUUUAAGAUUUGCAGCGUUAGUAAAAUGAAUAGAAUAGAUUGGACGUUUGAGAGCUCUGUGCUCAGGACCUUAGUCAAGAUGUUUCGUUUGUGAAUCCACUUCUAUGUGUACAGACGUGGAGGAAGAGGUUAAGUCCAAGUAUAUUUUACACUGGAGUUACAGACAUUACACAACCUUACCUGAGGAGCUACAGAAGCAUGGCAAUCAUGUUGAGGAGAUUUAUCUACGAGAGAACCACAUAUUACUCUUACCCAAGUGGUUGACAAGUCUUGCCAACCUGACACACCUGUACCUGGCUGGAAAUGAUUUGGAGGAGUUUCCUGAUGAUGUGAACAAGCUUGCCAACCUCUGCUACCUGGAGCUGAGCCGUAACAGGCUCAAGUCGCUACCUCCCUCCAUUGUUCGACUUCGACGCCUCAGUCACCUCAUCGUUGAUUUUAAUAUCCUACAGAUCCUUCCUAACGAGCUGGGCAACAUGAAGGCUUUGUACAUGCUGCAUGUCAAUGACAACGUUCUGCGCAGCCUGCCUGAGUCAGUCUGUCAGUGUGUCAGUCUUGCGGAGCUGUGCCUUCACAACAAUCGGCUAACCAGCCUUCCUCAGCCGAUUGUAUACCUGCCAAACCUAGAGACGUUGUCUGUGCAUGGCAACAACCUCCUGUACCUCCCCAGCAUACGGUUUGUCUGCAACUGUCACCUGACGUUCUACAACAACCCCCACCUCAACUAUCUGAGCUACCAUCUGACGUACGGGCAUGACGGGGACAUGCACCACCUCAUGUCUGGGUGUGGUAGUGGUAUUGAGGACAUCUCGGAUUUCACCAACCUUGUGCUGACAAUACCUCAACACCAGCGGCUCAUUGUGCUCCCUAGUGGGCUUCAUCACGUGUUCUCGCGUCCUGGUGUCCCUUCCCUGUUUGAGCUGAGUCUACGUGCUACGUACCCGCUCAUGUACAAGAUUGAGGAACGCAACAGGUACAGUGAUAAGGAUAGUUUAGAAAAGCUCCCAUUAAAACUGCAGGAGAUCUUGUAUAACGGGCCGACCAGCAAUUGUGCCGAGUGCAACCGAAACAUCUUCAACGAGUCGUUCCUGUCAGUGUCUCUUAGAGGUUUGAUCUCCGAGCAUCGCAAGCUGUUUGCCGUCAUGUUCCUCUGUUCCGCUCGCUGUCUCAGUCACUACACCCAGCGUGUCUGCGGGGCCACCGCAGAGAGGGUGCAGUGGUACCAACUCUCCGCUCAUUCUUUGUGAUCUUAUUUACAUGUUUGUUACCUUUUUAUACAAUAAAACCAAUGAAAAUAUCAA